AUGGCAUCUACACAGGGCGAAGAUUCUCCCCAGUCACCACCUCAAUCGCCGCCCCGAUAUCCUACCUCUACAGUACCCAAGCGAAAGCCAGUACCAGUGGCUUCACCUGCACCUGCACCUGCUGGAUCACCCGAAGCAGUGGCUUCGCCCGAAGGCGCGUCUCCACCUGAAGCAACGGUGUCGCAACAAGCAACAGCGCCUCCAGACGCAGCAGCACCAGUUGACCAUGAAAAGGGACCGACACUAGAAUGGGAAGCCGCCCGUUCCAGUUCUAGCGAAGCACGAAAGUCGAAAUUCGCUUGGCCGUUCGCAGUUACCAGUUUGAGAAAAUUGAGGGAGGUCAUAGAUACAAGGCUGCCAUUCGCGAACGACCGGCGAAAACGUCGGCUCCUCGUCGGUGGGAUAAUAGCUGGAGUGGUGAUAAUCAUCGCUUUGAUUAUCGGCCUCGCGGUCGGGUUAACCGCGGGACGGAACAGACACACUUCCAACCUCCCUCUCCCAACCAACCACGGCGGCCCCUACAUCGGCGACCUAACCUACUACACCCCGGCCCUCGGAGCCUGCGGCAUCACCAGCACCGACUCAGACGCCAUCUGCGCGGUAUCGCACAUCAUCUUCGAUGCCGCGUCGCGCGGCUCCGAUCCGAACGCGAACCCGCUCUGCGGGCUGAAGAUUCGCCUGCGCCGUGACGGGAAGAGCGUCGACGUCACGGUCGUCGAUCGCUGCGUGGGGUGCAAGGCGACGGAUAUCGACACCACGACGAGCGUCUUCUCCCAGCUUGCGGAUCUUGACCAGGGAAGGGUCACCGUCCAGUGGGCUUGGUUGGAGAAUGCGCCUGUUGAGAUGUAG